AUGAACGCGCCUCACGGUGAUACUGAUCACUUGCAGUCUUAUUCUGCGUCGCGUAAUGCAUUUUUCGAGGAGAUUUCGAUGCCGAACCAAAGUGGCGCAAUGGUCGAGUUCCAGUACAUGCAUAGUGGGAUGCAGGAAACGGUUUACAUCAACCAGGUGGAAUCAAAUUUCUUGAAUUUCGGAAACAGCCUUUUGUCGUUAAGUUUGAUAUUCGGAUUCCUGGCAAACUCUUGCUUCCAAAAUGACGUUCCUGUGGGCGCUAAUGGUAGCCCGCUGCCGCCCACAACUCGGCGUUGGCGAUUUCGCUCCUGCAGUUCCAGGGAGAGCAACAGAGAGGGCAAAGAGUUCAAACCAUGCGAGCGAGAUCCUCUCCUUCCUUAG